AUGGGCUUGAUGUCACGAAGCAUUGACAUUCUGCUCUUGCAGCAUUUCCACGGCGUGGCGGCCAGCAGAAGCUGGGCCUCAAUUGCUGAAACGAAAUCGACGCGAACUGCCACACUUGCCAGCGAAAACGAAACUAACCAAGCGAUGAGCAACACCAUGAGCAACACAAACACAAAAGAGGAAGCCAUGAUGACUACCAAUAGUAACGAUACUAGAAGCAACGAUAAAAGCAUUGACGAUUCUAGUUCUGAGGAAGAGGAACUGGAGUUCAGCAAACCAACACCAGAAGAAGUCCAAGAAGACAUACGACGGAAACAAUUGCAAGAUCGGAUCCCUCUGAAGCAUUUUGAUUUUUCCAAACAAGAAUUAGAAGACAUUGACCAAGGGAUUCAAAAGCGAUUCCGUAAAAGAAAACAAAUUUGCAAAAUUAGUCGAGAAGAGACAGAAAGAAGCGGAGGCCGCUAG